AUAUACCUGAUUUUUCACUUGCCGCAAGUCUUUUAAUUAAGAACUUUUCUCAGUUAAUAUUGAUAAAGUAAUUUGAUUGUCAUAUGAUGUAAUUAAAUCAGUUAAAGUUAGUAUUUGAUUACAGCUCUCGUUUGCACCUGUUCUAGCUUUAUUUUAACAACUAAUGGCAGUAAUUUCCACACUUCCUGACUGGAAGGUGGUCUGACAAAGGUUAAGGCCUGAGGUAUAAAUUACUCUGAGGGACACGGGGUUGUGGGUUAAGGCACUUUUACUCAUAAAGCCGCUUUCCAUUGCUUAAAUGUUCUUGAGCGAGUUGAUUUUACGUCAAGCUGAAAACCACGAGUCAUUAAACCAAUAUUUUCAUACAACCAGAAAAGUUUCCAUUGGCGCCGAGGCCAAGGCUGUCACACUGGCCUCUUAUUGUUGUCACUGAUGGAGAAUUGAUUUGUUGCAGCUUUGAUAUGGGUUUACGUGGCACAGCUUGUAAGAAGAUUUGACCUGGAUUUUCAGGAUACAGCUCUGUCAACCAACGUAAGGUCGAAUGCUAACAUUUGUACAAUAAAGGUCCACUAGUUUCCUCUUUUUUUUGCACGUCACCAAGCAAUGAUGUAAUUUUAACUCGACCUCUUGGAGUUAUGGUGAUGAUGAUGCUGGACAAUCUUGGCUAGUGAUUUGUCACAUUGUAAACUUGACCUCCUGACCUAAAGCUGUAAUGGAACCAGAAGAGAACGACAUAUGUGACAUACUGAGAGUUUCUGGCUUAUCGUAUCCUAAAAUAUAUCUGUAGAUAAGUUUAGCUGCUCAGUACUGUUUGUUUUGACUGGAAAAAGAAAGAAAGAAACGCAGGCAACUUGACUGUGCGAACCGGUGUUCUGUGUGGGUAGUCUUCAGGCACCGGCUGUUAUCUGUAACAACGUGUUUAGAUUGGUAGGCCGUCGUGUUCACUGCACAUCCUUGACACACAGGGCCGCCCCUGUGCGUUGAGUGAUGGUGCUGUUUUAUCUGUGAGGUGACGAGAACACGGCCUUGUCUGACGGGCCUAUAAAGAGGCAGAAGCAGCCAACUGUUCCUCAGAUUCCUCUUCGCUCGCGCAUUUCACGUGUAGUCGCUCAUUCAUCUGUUGAAAAGAUACUUCAAAUGUUGCCUGCAACGUUCAAACUGUGCGCUGGCAUUUCCUACAGGCACAUGAGAAACAUGACAGGUCUGAGGAAGAACGCAAUAAUUGCGAUCCAUCAUGAGCUGAACAAGCUUUCCGGACCUGGACCUAGUGCCUGGCUCAGCCACAUCCGAAGAAGGAGCUCACUGCUCAGCAGUCGGAUCCCAGAGGAGACGUACAAUGAAGCCGAGCAGUGUUAUGUGCAGCAGGGACAGCAAGCUCUGCAGAAGUCCAUCAGCAUCCUCAGUGACCAGGACGGCUGGCAAACUGAGAUCGAGAGUGUCAAUGGUGAUAAGGUGAUGAGUAAAGUAUUACCAGACAUUGGCAAGGUUUUUAAGUUAGAAGUGAUGCUGGAACAGAAGACGGAUGAUCUGUAUGAGGAGCUGGUGGAUAACAUGGAAAAAAUGGGGGAGUGGAACCCAAAUGUCAAACAGGUCAAGAUUCUUCAGAAGAUCGGUCAGGAUACUAUGAUCACACACGAGGUUUCAGCUGAAACACCUGGGAAUGUGGUGGGCCCUCGAGACUUUGUAAGUGUCCGCUGUGCCAAGCGGAGAGGAUCUUCAUGCUUCCUCGCCGGGAUGUCCACUCAGCACCCCGGAAUGCCUGAACAGAAAGGGUUUGUAAGGGCUGAGAACGGACCCACCUGUAUUGUGAUGCGACCAAGUGCAGAAGAUCCCGAUAAGACAAAAUUUACCUGGCUGCUCAGUUUAGAUCUUAAGGGUUGGAUCCCAAAAACCGUCAUCAACCGAGUACUUUCGCAAACCCAGGUGGAUUUCGCAAACCAUCUCAGGCACAGAAUGGCAUCCAGUGGUGGUGUGGAGGCAGCCGUUGCUUGCUAACAUCUACCUUUAUGGCCUAAAAGCAGAUGCUGCAACUCUGUUCAGGGUCAAGAUCGUCUCACCCAAAACCACCACAACCCAUUUCAAUAAAUAAAUCACAGAGAUACAGAAGUUAAAUUAUCCAUCAAAACAGUAUGCUGCUCCUUGUACAGUACAGAACCGUAAUUUAUAAAAAUGGAUCAAAUGCUGGGUCACUGCAACGGAGAUUUAAUAAGUUUUGAUUUCAGCCCGAUAGUAAACUCAGUCUCCUUCCUCUGUCUCCUUCAUUUUUGGGUUUGAUCUUCCUUUAUUUCCCUCAUAUACUUCUGCAGAACACCGCAGACUAUUAACUACCGGGUUCAUUAGUUCCUAUUUUAUCACUGUUUGUAUUUAUUUUAAGUUAAUAUUAUUAUUGCAUCACCCUGGGAAAGGAUGUCUUCUAAGCGAACAUUCAUUAAAACUAUUAAAAUGAAAAA